AACUUCAAGUAUGAAGAGGUAGUCCGAAAUAAGCGAGAGCGGAGGCGUCUGCACGGUGGUGAUUGUGAAUGUUGUCGAGAUUACUACGAAGCUAUCGGGCCCCUCCCAUCCCGCUUGCAAGCCCCCCUCUGGCGUACACCGCCCUCAUCUCCAGCAAAGAACCACCCUAGUUCCAGUUACCACGAAAACAAUUACUCAGGGGACGAACGAGAGGCUGACAUUCAAGACCAUAAGCAACAGGUCUCGCGGCACCGUACAAGGUGGGAAGCCCCGAAGACGCCACCAGGUUAUUGGAACAUUGGCUUUCCCGACACACAAGAGGUCGAGACAAUUCGUAAGGCGGCGGCAGAAAUG